AAAGAAACAAAUCAGAGACGCAGAAGAGCAAACCCUAAUUUCUUGCGAUCAUGCAGUCGAUUCUGAGAUCCCUUGCUGCGCAGGGUUACAUCUACCGAGGUGGGAGAUCAGCGGUGUCUCGCCAAUCCCGCAAUUUCUGUUCUAGCAACGUUGCAGGCUUCAAUGAAGCCGGAAGAGGAAGAUUUAUCUCCGCGGCAGCGGCAUGGUGGAAUAGUGUUAGUUUAUUCGAUGGGUUUGUUGUUGGAUCUGGUUGUUACGCUGGUUACGAACUGAUUAGGGUCUUUAAAGAAUAUAUGAUUUCGAAGAGAGCUCAGGAAGAAUUGGAUAUCCGGGCACAACUUCAUAACGACAUCGUAUCCAAGGUGAUGCAGGUGUGUUAGAGGAAGAAAUGAAUCAACGACACAGGAGAAGGAGAAGAGCAAAUUCAACAUGAACUUUUGUGUUUUGUUGCAAUGGAUGAAUAAAGGCCCAAAAGUGUGUACGAAAGUGUGUACGAGUAGUUGUUGACAAACCAAUAAAAAAAGAAUAAAAAAAUUUCUGGUUGUUGAACUUUU